AUGACCUUCUCCGGUGACCUCUCCUCCAUGACAGCACCAUCCUUCAUCCUCUCGUCCACCUCCCUCAUCGAGUACUGCUCCUACUGGGGCGAGCACCCCGACCUCUUCGCCCAAAUCGCAAAAGAGACCGAUGUUGAGAAGAGGUGUUUGGCGGUUCUGAGGUGGUAUAUCUCGACUUUGAAGGGAAUGUUCGCUGCUAGGAACGAGAACUUGGGAAGUGAGAAGAAGCCGUUUAAUCCUAUCCUUGGUGAGCAGUUCAAGGGAGAAUGGAAUACUGGUGGUGAUGUCGGUACAACCAAACUCGUCGCUGAGCAAGUCUCGCACCACCCUCCAGUCUUCGCAUACCGCAUGUACAACCCCACGCACAAGAUCUCCUUUGAGGGUUACGGUCAACAGAAAACCGGAUUCUCGGGACGCACGAUGACGGUUAAGCAGCUCGGACACGCUAUGCUUCACCUCACCCUUCCUGAUGGUACGGAGGAGCACUACUUGGUCACGCUGCCUGGUUUGAUUUUGGAGGGAUUGCUUAUGGGAAGUCCGUAUGUUGAGUUGACGGGUACGAGUUACAUUGUUGGAAGCAACGGAUACGUUAGCGCGAUUGAUUACUCCGGAAAGGGAUGGAUCAGUGGAAAGAAGAACUCUCUGAAGGCAACAUUGACCGCACCGGGACAGAAGAAGCCUUCGUACACCGUCUCUGGCUCUUGGUCAAAACAAUCUACCCUCCGCAACGAAUCCAACAAGGUCGAGCAACCCUUCUGGGACGCAACCUCGCCCACACGCCACCCCAUCUCCGUCCCCGAACCCACCGCCUCAGGCCCCUACGAAUCCCGCCGCGUCUGGCAAUCCGUCGCAGCCGCCCUCAACGCCGGCGACUUCGACGCUGCUGCCAGGGAGAAGUCAAAGUUGGAGCAGGCACAGAGAGAUAAGAGAAAGCAGGAAGCAGAGCAAGGAAAGGGAUGGGAACAGGCUUUCUUCAACUGGGAUCCUAGGGAUGGAUGGUAUGAGCAGUUGCUUAAUCUGCUUGGGAAGGAUGCGAAGGGAAUGCCUGCGCAGGAAGGAUUCUGGAAGUGGAAGCCGGAGGCGUUUGAGCAGUAG